AUGUCCGAGCCGGAGCACCUGGGCGGGAAGCGGGCCGAGUCGGCGCGGCUGCGGCGGGCCGAGCAGCUGCGGCGCUGGAAGGGCUCCCUGACCGAGCAGGAGCCGGUGGCGCCGGGGGGCGGCCGUGGCCGGCACCGCGGCGCGGGGGGGUCCCGCGUCCGCUUCGAGGAGGGCGCCGUGUUCCUGGCCGCCUGCUCCAGCGGCGACACCGAGGAGGUGAAGAGGCUGCUGGGCCGCGGCGCCCGCAUCAACACCACCAAUGUGGACGGGCUGACAGCCCUGCACCAGGCCUGUAUUGAUGAGAACCUGGACAUGGUGAAGUUCCUGGUGGAAAAUGGAGCCAAUGUGAACCAGCAAGACAACGAGGGCUGGACCCCUCUUCACGCAGUGGCAUCGUGUGGCUACCUGAACAUAGCCGAGUACCUGAUCAGCCACGGGGCCAACGUGGCUGCUGUGAACAGCGAGGGGGAGGUCCCGUCCGACAUCGCGGAGGAGGCGGCCAUGAAGGACCUGCUCCUGGAGCAAGUCAAGAAACAAGGUGUGGACCUGGAGCUGUGCAGGAAGGAGGAGGAGCAGCAGAUGCUGCAGGACGCCCGGCAGUGGCUGAACAGCGGCAGGAUCGAGGAUGUGAAGCAGCCCCGGACAGGAGCCACAGCUCUGCAUGUUGCUGCAGCCAAGGGGUAUUCUGAAGUCAUGAGGCUCCUGAUCCAGGCUGGGUUUAAUCUGAACGUCCAGGACAAUGAUGGCUGGACCCCACUCCACGCUGCUGCUCACUGGGGAGUGAAGGAAGCAUGUUCCAUCCUGGCUGAGGCUCUGUGUGACAUGGACAUCAGGAACAAGCUGGGCCAGACACCCUUUGACGUUGCUGAUGAGGGACUUGUGGAGCAUUUAGAAAUGUUGCAGAAGAAACAGACUGUGCUGCGAAGUGAGAAGGAGACAAGGAAUAAGCUGAUUGAAGCUGACAUGAAUGGCAAGCCUCAAAACAGACUCUUCACCAACAAAGAGAAGAUUCUUUAUGAGGAAGACACGUUGAAGUCCAUGGAAACCGAGGAAGAGAACAAGGACUCAAGCAGUUCUAGUUCUGAAGAGGAGGAAGCUGAAGAUGAAGUUUCAGAGUCAGAUGCUGAAAAGGAGUCAGAGAGGAAGGAAGAGCCCUUUGCCAACCACUCGAGCCGGGAAUCCAGGCCCAGCAUCCCUGAGCCAGCACCUGAGCCCAACUCCUUCACUGCAUCUGCCAGAAGAUUCAGUUGGCUCAGCAAGUCAGACGAGCAGAAGGACGAGUCGCCUUCGUCGUGGCGGCUGGGCCUGAGGAAGACUGGCAGCCACAACAUGCUGAGUGAGGUCUCUGCCACUCGUGAGGCACAGAGGGAUAAAACUCCUUCCAUCUAUCGCUCCUCGUCCAGCCCUCGCAUUUCUGCACUCUUGGACAACAAGGAAAAGGACAGAGACAACAAGAGUUAUCUUGCCACCAUAGUCCCCAGAAGACUGAGCAGUACGAGUGAUACAGAAGAAAAAGAAAACAGGGAAUCUGCUGUGAACCUGGUGAGGAGUGGCUCCUACACCCGACAGCCCUGGAGGGACGAGCCAAAGGGAAACGACGCUCCCCACUCUGGGGCACCCACUACCUACGUAUCCACCUACUUGAAAAGAGCCCCUUUCAGGCAACAAAGUGAUUCUGCUGUAGAGAAAAACACAGAGGGCAGCAGUGGCAGCACCCCUCUAGGUGUAAUCACAAACCAUGCUGUGCUCGGCGCUGCCAACGGCGCCGCGAAUGCCGGGGCUGCCUGCCCGGGGAAGGACCUCUCGGCUGAGGAGGCCAGGGAGCGCAGAAGGUCAUAUCUGACUCCAGUGCGGGAUGAGGAAGCAGAGUCACUGAGGAAGGCACGAUCCAGACAGGCCCGGCAGACUCGCAGGUCUACCCAGGGAGUGACCCUGACGGACCUGCAGGAGGCCGAGCGCACGUUCAGCCGCUCGCGCGCGGAGCGCCAGGCGCAGGAACCGCCGAGCGACAGAGCCGAGGACAGCGGGGACAGAGCUGCGCGCUGGGCACGGAGCGCGGACGACGAGACCAUCUAUCGGCGGCUGAGGGGCUCAGCACAGCCUGACAAACCCACAACGCCCGUGUCUCCUUCCACAGCAGCACCUCUGCUCUAUACCAGCUCAUACCUGACUCGAACAAAUAAAUACCUAGGGCUGGACUCUGUGAAUCCAGCAGAUUUCAGAGCAUCAGGCACAGAGAUGGAGAAAAAUGAGUGUGAAGAUCAGGAUUCAGACGACAGAUCCCUGAACAAACAGUCGAUCCGAGAGCGGCGACGGCCAAAGGAGAGACGGAGAGGCACCGGCAUCAUCUUCUCCACACAAGAUGAUGAAGAUGAAGUUGAUGGAAACGAGGAAGUGAAGGAAACUCGGCAUGAAAGACUUUCCAGGUUGGAGGCAGCUACGAACCCCAGCACGAGCGACUCGUCGUACGGCGAGCGCGCCUCCGGCCGCUCCAGCGCCUACAGCCGCAGGGAGAACCGGCUCGCCGCGCUCAGCAGCCGCGCCGAGGAGGAGAGCAACAGGGACUACAAGAAAUUAUACGAGAGUGCCCUGUCUGAAAAUCAAAAGCUGAAGUCAAAGCUGCAAGAGGCCCAGCUUGAGCUGGCUGAUAUCAAAGCAAAGUUGGAAAAAGCAGCCCAGCAGAAACAGGAGAAAACUUCUGACCGGUCCAGCAUGCUGGAGAUGGAGAAGAGGGAGAAGCGAGCCCUGGAGCGGAAACUCUCUGAAAUGGAGGAGGAAAUGAAGAUUUUGACAGAGCUGAAGUCGGACAACCAAAGGCUGAAGGAUGAGAACGGAGCCCUCAUUCGAGUCAUCAGCAAACUCUCCAAAUAGGAAUCAGAGCAAAGGGAGGACAAGGAGGGGUGUCCUACACCAGCUGCCAACCCCACCACCCAGCCCUACCCCUUCCUUCCCGUCAGUACAGCAAGUGUUUCAGCUGUGGGAUCAAUGUCACACCUGCCUUGCCCUGCCCUUUGCUGUACAUUCCCUUUCUAGCCCUAUUUCCCCCCAACACACCCCCUGCCAUUUUAUUUUUUUUUAAUUGAUGCAUGUUGUGGUAUCUCGGACAUUUUAUUCAAGGGAGAAACGUGAGGACUGGGUUUGAGCUGCCAAAACUUCUUCCAAAAGCUCAGUUUGGUUUUGGACUCUGACCUGGAGUGGGAAGCUCCUACUGUAAAAAGUGACAUCUGAAGAACUAACCCAGCAUGUCCAAGGCCUUUACAGGUGGGAAAUGUGAACCUGGGCUGGGACUCUGAGGAUGCACAUCAGCCCACAGAGAUGUGGGACUCUGGUUAAACGUGAUGCUGUGAAAGCCACCAGAGCACAUGUUUGUCACAGGCUGAUGAGCUGUUUUGCACAGACACCUUCUCCUCUUGCCCCAGCAGACUGAGUCUUUUAUUUUAGAUAAGAUUUUGAACCUGUUCAGUACCAUCAGUGCUGUGCUGAUGCUCAGUGUCAGACCCUUGUCCCUCAGCCUCCCUUUCCCCCCAGCCUGGGCGAUCCUGUGUCACUUUGUGUCCUUCCAGGGCUCCUGUCUCUGUGGUUGGUAGCAUCCAGUUGCCACCUGGACUCUUGUUCCUUGGGACAGGAUAUAUCCCAGGCACUUGCUGAGCUUUCUGAAGGACAAACUUGAACCCCUACAGACCCUCUGCUGCUCUCACCUGUGUGUGAGCCUGAAUCACCUUGCAGGGAGCUGUGCCCAUGCCAGAAACCAGGCUCCCCUUCCCAAAAGCCAUCUGGGACCUUCUCCCGCUGCCUCCCUGAAGGCAGAGCCCAUAGCAGAGCCUGGUCUGGUAUUUCAGGUACCCUCCCUUUGAUUUGCAGCAGGAUUUAUAGACAGAGAGUGCCAGCAUCCUGUCCCACACACCUUGGAGAGGCCAGGGUGUGUCGGUGUCAGAGGGACAGGGAGCUGCUGGUAACUGAAUCAUGGUAAAUCAAAGUCUUCUGACCUGUCAGAAAUUUGUGAUAAGCUUAGACCUUGAAGGAACCCCCCAGAAUUAUUCCUCUUUAAUGUUACAUGCACUCUAAACAGUUUGGAAUUGUUCUCUCCCAUGGGCAUUCAGACAUUGGCUCCUCUCUCCAUGCUGUGGGACGUCAGCAGUUCUGUUCAGCUUCCCUUUAACAGACUCCUGUUUGCUGUAUCCAAAAAUUCUCCCACCUACAUCCUUCCAUAUUUUCAUCCUUUGUCCUUCAUCCUUCCAUAUUUUCAUCCCCUUUGUCCUUCAACUCCCCAGGCUUUGUCUGGCCAAGGGCAGCAGUUCUUGGUCCCUGAACCUGGGGGUGGCCGUGGGGCAGCUCUGCCACGUUCCUGAGCAGCUCUGGCUGGGGGGACUCUCCACUACCAGAGAGAUGAGAUACUUGAACAUGAGCAGAAUACUUGAGCUUGCUCAGCAGGGUAAAACUUCUCUGUCAGGCAAUCCUGGGCUUUUUCAAACCUUUUGCUGGUUAUUGCCUCAGAAAGCAUCUCUGUUUUCCUCUCUCUGGGGUUUUCUCUCUUUUUCACCCCCCUAAUUCUCCAUUUUCCCCCAUUCCCCUCCCUGUCCUGCCUGUUUCCACCUCUCUUGCUCUUCCUGGAGCUGCCAGUUCUCCCCAGGCAGCUCUGACCACAAGUUGCUCUUCAGCUGGUGGAGCCAUUGUGCAGCUGAGGCACCGUUUCUCCUGGUACACUGAGGCCCUGCCUCUGCUGCUGAGCUUUGGGAGGAAGAGACCAAAGCUGGUAAAGGCAUCAGGGUUUCUGCAGAGCACUGCCUAAGCCAGGCAUCCUUUUUAUAUUCCUUGAUUUUAACCCUGCUCUAUUUAAUGGCUUUAAGUCUUGAGAUCCAGUCAGUGCUUGCCCUGCACGCCGUCCCCUCCUGGUGCACUCUUUCUGUGAGUCCUUCUGCUGUUCUUGGUGUUUUCUCUCUUGGUGACCACUCCUCACUUCAGCCUCAGGCUCUGCUCUGCUCAGGAGCUCAGGGCUCAGGAGCUCUGUCCCUUCUGUGCUGAGGAUCAGGAGCCCUGUCCCCUGUGUGCCCAACGAUCAGGAGCUCUGUUCUUCUGUGCCCAAGGAUCAGGAGCUCUGUCCCCUCUGUGCCCAAGGAUCAGGAGCUCUGUCCCUUGUGUGCCCAAGGAUCAGGAGCUCUGUUCCUCUGUGCUGAGGAUCAGGAGCCCUGUCCCCUCUGUGCCCAAGGAUCAGGAGCUCUGUCCCUUCUGUGCCCAAGGAUCAGGAGCCCUGUCCCCUGUGUGCCCAAGGAUCAGGAGCUCUGUCCCUUGUGUGCCCGUGCAGCAGGAGGUGCUCCCCAGCUGGGCUGGAGCCUCAGGCCGUGCAUCCUGGCAGGAUGAGGAGGAGAGUUCAGAAUCAAGAUCCUGUCUCACAGGUUCCUGGCAGCAGGAAGAAGCCUGGUGUCUGUUUCAGGGAGAGGGUUCAACCCAAUCUGACAAAUCCAUCCUGCACUGAUGUUUUGCCCCUUCUUCCAGGACACUCGCUGCCUUUUUCCCAAGGGGCAGAGUGGAAAGGCUGUGGGGGCUCGUUCUGAGUGGCACCUUGCAAAGCCAAACCACUGCAGCUGCAGUGGCUGCUGAGCACUGGAUUCUCUGAGCCCUGGGCCCCUCAGCUCAGUGUCCCUGAUCAGCCAAAGCUGUGAGCGUCCCGUGCUGACGGCGCAACUGCAAAUCACAUUCUUGAGAAUGGAUUUUCUUUGUCUCACUUCAUGCCUGACAUAACCAGUGCACUGAGGAGGUGACAAACAGGACACCUCAAACCCUGUGCUUGGCACAAGGUGCAGAGCAAAUAGGUUUUUAAAAUUGAUCCCUCUUGGAACCAGAGCAUUUGCCAGACGUGGUCUCCCUCGGGGAACAUGAGCUUUUUUUUCUAAGCAAUUGCUUGGGGUGAGUUAAUUUUUAUCGCUUGGGGUGAACCCACCUGUUGUGGCUGCAAGUUUGGUGAUGGCUCUUUGUAAAUAAAGUCCUUGGAGAAGCAGGACUGGCUGAUGAGAUGGGGAGAGAAUGUAUUUUUAUGCAACUUUUGAGUGGCCUUUCAAACCCUGAGAUGAAUGAUUUGUUUUACUGGUUGUUGUUAUAUAGUAUUAUAAGUAUUAUGUGUUUGAAAGUUUGGGAAUAAUAUUCACAGCUAUGAUGCUUGUAAACACAACAGUAUUUAUAAAUGAAUAAAGUAAGAGUUGAUAAAAUAGAA